AUGGGAAAGUGCGUUCACAAGGGCUGUGGGAAGGUCUUCGCCGACCCGGAGGAAGAUUGCGUGUAUCAUCCGGGUCCGCCGGUGUUCCACGAAGGGCAAAAGGGCUGGAAAUGCUGCAAACCCCGCGUUCUGACAUUUGAGGAAUUCCUCUCCAUCCCACCCUGCACCACGGGCAAACACUCCGAAGUCGACGACACACCUACACCCGAGCCUAAAAAGGCCGAAGAGCCUCCGGCAGCAGCAACGCCUGUCCCUACGGUGAAGCCCAUCUCCGAGCGCCCUCCCAUUACCCCCGCCAUUGCGACUCCCGGCACACCCCCGCAAAGCCCGUCAUCGAGGAGCCAGAGAUGCGGGGCUUCUUACAAUGGCUCGAUUGCCCGUGAGGAAGAGAAAUGCGUGCACCACCCCGGCAACCCGGUCUUCCACGAGGGUAGCAAAGGAUGGUCCUGCUGCAAGCGCCGCGUGCUUGAAUUUGACGAGUUCUUGAAGAUCCCUGGCUGCACUGAGAAGACGAGACACAUGUUUGUUGGCAAGGCGAAGCCUCCUGGCGAGGAGAAGGUUGAGACCGUCCGGAACGAUUUCUACCAAACCCCCGCGUCCGUCAAUGUCUCCCUCUACCUGAAAAAGAUCGACAAAGAGCGCGCUGUCGUCAAGUUCGCCGCGGACAAAAUCGAGCUCGACCUGCCGACCACGGAUAACAAGCGCUACCAGGAUACCUAUGAGCUCUUUGCUCCGAUCAAUCCUGAACAAUCGAGCUUCCGGGUGCUGGGCACCAAGCUGGAGCUCACGCUUGUCAAGGCGGAUCAGAAUGGGUGGCCGGUGCUGCGCAAGGAUGAUAAGUGGACUGGCCAGCGCAUCCAGAUUGGUAAUGCUGGUCGGGCAUGA